AAAAUGCACCUGUGAAGACAAGGUAAAACUGGAGGGAAGAUUGUCUGCUAUAGACGCGGUGGCCAAACAGACACCAACACUCAUUUAUCCAGGUGAAUAAAUAAAAAGGAGUUAUCAAACAGAGAGUUGUUGGGAAGCGGGGGGAGAACGGGGGACGCAGUGACAUGAAAUCUUCGGUUGGUGCUUCCAGGGGAAGUGGGAGAAAUUGGAAAGAGAAACACAUUCAGCAUUUGCAUUGCGUGCAAAAACAAACGUUGACUGAAAUUCGUCGAAUUAAAGCUGACGGGGCAUUCCCCACCCACGCAUGCACUGUCCUGAAUUUUGCAGCCUUCUGUCCAUCCAACUGAAAUUGCUGCGGGGGGCUGGUUUUGCUGCAGCUACACGGUCGGCGGCUGUACAGUAAUGUCUCGCCUCGGCUGGUGACUGUGUAUCACUUUGUAUUCACUGGCAAAUCGCUACCCUUGAACCGGAACUCCUCGAGCGGAUUGGUUACACUGCACUGUUGUUACUGUGUAUGUGUGUGUGUGUCUGUGCUGGAGGAUAAGUCACCAUUUCAGACUCGAACACACACAUACACAGAGUAACAAUGAUGCGAGGCUCCACCUGAAGCUUGUGUGUUUUUGUUGCUACUGUCACCUUGUAAGACGUUUAAACCGUGAAGGGCUCGAUUCCUCAGCGUGAGCCAGGGAGGAGGAAGAAAACAAUAAUAAUGGCUUAGGGUGAACACUGAAGGAGAUGGAGAGGGGAAUCAGCUGCUGAGCUUUGAGCAGAGCUCCCCUCCGGUCGGUCAGUCUCAGGAGAGACAGGGGGGGGGAAAACUCGCCGGUUCGUUUCCAUGGCUGUGCAGUGCUAGCUCCUGCCGGAUGAGGGUGUAUCUCCGAUCGGCCAGAGAUUUUUCUUUGCCCUCUCCCUCCUUGUUUUAAAUAUCUAUAAUAUAUUUCUUCUCUCGUGUGGUCUGUGUGGAAAUUCCUACUUCCUUUUGGCUCCACCUGAAUCCGAUCCUUCAUUCAAUUAAGGAAAAAAUAUUUAAGCAUCCGUCGAGAGAGAGAGAGAGACAAACAGAGUGAGAAAAUGGGGAAUACCACUUCAUGCUGUGUCUCAUCCAGCCCCAAACUGCGGAGGAACCACGCUCGGCUGGAGACGUACCGCACCGACACCGACAUCAGCCGGGAGGACACGGGCUGUAACCUGCAGCACAUCAGCGACAGGGAAGCGGUGGAUGAUUUAAACAUGGAAUUUAACCCUUCGGAUCACCCUCGUGCUAGUACCAUGUUCUUGAGCAAAUCUCAGACAGACGUCAGAGAGAAGCGGAAAAGCCUAUAUAUAAAUCAUCAUCCACCUGGACAGAUCAGAAGGAAAUAUAGCUCCUGCUCCACCAUAUUCCUGGAUGAUAGCACUGUCAGCCAGCCAAACUUGAAGUAUACUAUCAAAUGUGUUGCCCUUGCAAUAUAUUACCACAUCAGAAACAGAGAUUCAGAUGGGCGAAUGUUAUUAGAUAUAUUUGAUGAGAAGCUCCAUCCAUUGUCAAAAACAGAAAUGCCAGCAGAUUACGAUCGACACGAUCCAGAACAAAAACAGAUUUACCGUUUUGUUCGAACGUUAUUCAGUGCUGCCCAGCUCACUGCAGAAUGUGCUAUUGUCACAUUGGUCUAUCUUGAGAGACUGUUAACAUACGCAGAGAUUGACAUCUGCCCUAGCAACUGGAAGCGGAUUGUAUUAGGCGCCAUCCUGCUUGCAUCCAAGGUCUGGGACGAUCAGGCUGUUUGGAACGUAGAUUACUGCCAAAUCCUUAAAGAUAUCACGGUGGAAGACAUGAAUGAGCUGGAGCGUCAGUUUCUGGAGUUGCUUCAGUUUAACAUCAACGUGCCGUCCAGUGUUUAUGCAAAGUAUUACUUCGAUCUCCGUUCCCUAGCAGAAGCCAACAACCUUAGCUUCCCAUUGGAGCCGCUCAGCAGGGACAGAGCACAGAAGCUUGAGGCACUAUCCCGACUAUGUGAGGACAAGUACAAAGACUUGAGGAAAUCCGCUCGGAAACGCUCAGCCAGUGCAGAUAAUCUGACUGUGAUCAGAUGGUCCCCGGCCAUCAUUCCCUAACAGUGGGCAAUUUUGCUUGAGUACAUUUGCUGUCGUCCAUCCAGUUUUUACCUGGGGGGAGCAAAAGAGACUUUUAAAGACUUUGGCAAGAUGCCUUUACAGUGCCUCCAUCUUGUGUAGCACAGGAAAAUGGAAAAUCUCAUUGGAGACAACAAAAAUAACAGUAUGAAUUUGUGAGAAAGCACUGUCAUCUCGAGCAUUUUCACUGCCUCUAAGCCCCUUUAAAUGGGUUUUGAUGUGGGGAGCCAUGUAACUAAUGAAAAAGCGGGAUAUGAGGCUGGCAAAUUGAGGAGAAAGAUUGUCAUUUUAAACAGUCGACCUAUUUGCAGGGAAGAUACAGAGGCAUGUGGAUAAAGCAAGAGAUUCGUUUUCAUCGCGCGUCUGAAGCAAUUUGUGGAGUGGCAGUGUUUUAAUUUAAUUUAUUCUAAAGAUGUGACUGGUAACUUAAUGGCCUGCAGGAACAAAACUUUCACAAGUGUGAAAAGAUGAGCCACUUGUGUGAAAUGUCACAUGAUGGUCAGCAACGAUCUGCUGCAUGUCCGAAUUCGUUUUGAGGUGUGCUUCAGGUUGCAUCGAUUCCAAAUACACAGGCAGUAUCUUCCUAGAGGAGACAAAUCUCCCACUCCCAACCACCACCAUCACCACACCCCACCAAGGUGCCCUUUUUCUGUCCUGUGAGUAACCACCAUAAGAAGUGUACAGCUCUGGCACAUUUGUCUUACGUGGGUCUUUUCACACACUAAACACAACUUGCCACAGUGGGCUGUACCUGGUCCUAUGCCCUCGAUAUAUUCCACAAGAGACCGCACAUGGUUUUUGUCCCAGUACGCGAUCAUCUUUGUGUUUUGCUGCAGUGUUCUGUAUAAUCCAGAGGCUGUCCAGAAGCACAAGAUGCCACUUCGGUCUAUAUUAGGGUAUCCACUUCUAUUUUCAUAUUGCUAAUCAUUUUAUGAAUAUAUUCAAAGUUUUAUUUUAUUAUCUGUCAUCUCUUCAUGUGUAGAUUUGACUUGUCAGCUUAUGUUAGCAUGCAGAUGCAGUCGUUAUAGUAAAAAAAUUGUGUAUGUAUAUAUAUCAAAAAAAUUCUUAUUCUUAAUUUCUUAGAAUUUUUUGCCUUUUGUAUCCUUUUUGACAAUAUGUUCCAUUACAUGCAGACAGAUUUUGUCAUGGGUCUGCUAUUUACAGACAGAUCUGGGAGGGAGGGGGAGGGUGCAGGGUUAGAUGAAAUUGAUUUGCUUUUCUGUUCUGAUGUUCUGAUUAGGAACUUCAGCAGUACCCUCUUCUGGAACCUUUUGGAAUUCCUUUUGUAUUAUUCCUUAAUAGGCACACUAGGCUUUUGUAACUUUUAUCUUUCAUGCUCAAAUCAAGCUUAUUGCUGUGCCACUCGUGCACAACUUUAGUCACAAGUGGGUCCAAAACUUCGACUGUUCAUAAAGCUUAGUUUCGUAUCUUGCACUGGUCUGAUUGCAAUGUAGGACUUUGAUGGAAACUGAAGCAUAGAUGAUACUGCACCUACCUGUGAAUGGAAGGUCUUUGCUCCAUUUUAUCAGAAACACCUACUUAAUUUUCUUUUUGCAUGAAACGAAUGAUUGAAAACACAGUGUGCCCGAUGAGUGAGAAAAGUAUAAAUAUCUGAGCACUGGGCAAAGUGAUGCCAAUGCGUCUGUCCAAGAUAAGCGUGACUCAGGUGGUGCAUUCAUUGAUUUUGCUUUCAGUUUCAUUUUGCUCAUCUAAGGCAAAUUGUUGUGGACUAACAGGAAGAAAUUCCACUCGAUGAUACAACAUGAAAAUUACUUAACUGCAUUGCUCUAGUGGCUCCGAGAAUGAAUGCAAUGUGCAGGUUAGUACUAAGCCAUAGAGACCAGGGAUGGAGUAAUAGUUUGGGAGCUCCAAUUGGCCUCAGCAUUAAAACUUAAAAUACACAGGCACUCAAGCUGGUUCAUGCCUUCCAGUGUCCGUUGCUGACAGCAGUGUGAAUGCCGAUAGAAGACAGAACUGGGUCUGGCUGUGAUGCUCAUCGUUGACUGUCUAGUCUCACAUGAAAAGACAAUGACUGAUGGGGUGAUGUGCCCAGAGAGCUGCUGCCAUUCAUGAAACCAUUCCCCAGCAAAAGCCAAUGUCUGCAGAAGAACAGGGGAGCAGGAUUAGGUUUUAGGUUGUGUUAAUCAUCGAAUCAAUACCUAAAAUUCCAAUCUAUUUUGACCAAAAUUUUAAAUCUAGAUUAAUAUUUUCCACCCUUACUGAUUUAAUCGGUUUAAUUUUUUUGAUACACAAUUUUCCAAGUAUUUUAGGGAGACCGAUCAUCGUGUUAACAUACUGCGAGUGAAUUUUAGUGAGAUGAACAUUAAUGAUAUCUGUAAUUAUCUGAGUACAAGUGUACUUUUGUGAAGUUUAUUAAACUUGUCAAAGAUUGUAUAACCUAUUUAUUGUAUGUAUGUACAUACAGUCUGAUGCUUACUUAAAAUGUAAAGUGGUCUCAGUAGAAUCUUGCUCAGUCUGGUUUAGACUGGUGAUUCUUGCUUAGCCUUGUGCACUGGACUCUACCUCUGUAUAGAGAGUUUUUUCCCGAUCUUUCGUUAGUUGGAACAGAUAAAGUUUUUUUUUGUGACAAAUUGAUUAUGUAUCUUAUGUUUCUUGUGCUGAAAAAAAAACUACUGUAGCUAUUUUCUCAGUUUGAUUUCUGAUGUGUAAAACUGAGGAAAAAAAGGCUUACAUUGAGCAUUUUAUGUUUCUUUGUAUUAAUGAAAACAACAGUGCUUUUGCAAUUUCCUCCCUUUUUGUUUGGUCAACUUUGCCAAAUAUGAAACAGUAUCUUUGGAUAAACUGCACAAUACCAACAGACGUUCUGGACUGUAACUCAUUCUCAAAGAAGCAGUAAUCUGCCAAAGGGCUGUACCCUGCUUAAAAUUUUGGGUAAACUGAUUAUUUCCCAUUGCUUCCCAUCACUGUAAUGAUGAAUUACCAUUUUAAUAAAGAUAGGUGCCAAUUUGGUUA